UGCACAGAGGGACAGGUUCCUAGAAGGCGCACAUGAGCCUAUUCUGUUUACCGGACUUAUUUCAAUCCAACAGGUGAGACCUUAGCUGCUGGACCUGUUGCUCAGAAUUGCAGAGACACAAUGAGUCAUCCUUGGGAGUCUCGGGCUCCACCUGUUCCCCAAGGUCUUGUCCUUCCCCAGGACAGAGCCCCAGAAAACCAGGUUUUGGCAGGCGCUCCUGAGACGCCAGAGGGCCAGGUUGUGCCAUCUGAAGAUGUGGCGUGCUGCCUCACCAAAAGGGAGCAGUUGAGACAAGAGCCUGCCUCUAUCGGAGUUCCUGUUUCAAGCCUUGCCAUGAUCUCUCGCCUAGCACAGGGCCAAGCACUGCUGACACCAGACCCAUCCCUCAAGACAGACCCAGCUAAGCCCUCUGAAAGCACCCCUGUGACCCAGCACGUGAUGGGGGAAGACGCCCAGCCACAGGAGAUGAUGUCCAAGAGCUCCCCAAGGAUGGGGGACCCUCGCCCUCAGGUCAAGCAGAAUGGGGACUCAAAGGGGAGGGGAGGGAGCCCACAGGAUCUGCCCAUAGAGCAUCACUUCGCAUGUAAAGUAUGUGGGGACACCUUCCGGCUUAAGGUCCUCUUGGUGCAGCACCAGAGGGUCCACAACCAGGAGAAGGGCUGGAGAUGCAGCGACUGCGGAGAGGUCUUCAGGAGGGUGGCAGAGUUCAAUGAGCACCGGAAGAGCCACAUGGCAGCCGAGCCCCUGCCCGGCCCUAGCCGAACCCCAGAAGAUGCGGCAGUGCCUCCUUUGAAGAGGGAGCAGACGGAGCGGGAGGCGAAGCCGUUCGAGUGCAAGGAGUGCGGGAAGAGGUUCAAGAAGAACGCGGGGCUCAGCCAGCACCUGCGUGUGCACAGCCGGGAGAAGCCCUUCGCCUGCGCGGAAUGCGGGCGCGCCUUCAAGGUAGGCAGCCACCUCUUCCGGCACCAGAAGCUGCAUGCCCCAGAGAAGCCCUUGGCCUGCAAGCCCUGUGGCAGGGACUUCCUAGACCGCCAGGAGCUGUUUAAGCACCAGCGUGUGCACACAGGCCACCUGCCCUUCGACUGCGAUGACUGCGGCAAGUCAUUCCGCGGUGUUAGCGGCCUGGCGGAGCACCAGCGCAUCCACAGCGGCACCAAGCCAUUCGGGUGCGUGCACUGCGGCAAGCUCUUCCGCCGAAGCUCUGAGCUCACCAAGCACCGGCGCAUCCAUACUGGCGAGAAGCCCUAUGCGUGCGGCCAAUGUGGCAAGGCCUUCCGCCAGAGCUCCAGCCUGCUGGAGCACGCACGCAUCCACAGUGGUGAGCGGCCCUAUGCGUGCGGGGACUGCGCCAGGGCCUUCCGUGGGCCCUCCGACCUCAUCAAGCACCGGCAUAUCCACAGUGGUCUGAAGCCCUACGAGUGUGACAAAUGUGGCAAGUCCUUCCACCGCAGCUCGGGUCUGAGCCGCCACCGGCGCACCCACAGCGGGGCACGGUGCUGUGAAUGCAGCCAGUGCGGCCGCAUGUUCAAGAGGCGCUCGGGGCUCCAGAAGCACCAGCCUGCCCACCUCGAGUAGGGAGCCUGCGGCAGGAGACCAUGGGCUUGGUAGCAUCAGUUGUGCGCAAGGUGACACCCAUUUCUACUGCCACCAGCAAUUUCUAAGUGGACCUGUUUCUCUUUGCCCAUCGAAAGCAGCUUUUCCCUCCCGUCUUCACCGAGUUGUAGUUUCACUAGCAGAAAGUUGCCUCAAGGUCCCUAAGCCCGCACACCUUGAAUCAGAGAAUGAGGAAAGAGCUGGUGAGGCCGGGAGGGGGCCUGGAGGGCCGCUGCUGGGAGCCCCUGCCUCAUGGAAGCCAGCACACAGCUGCACUGUGCCCCCCUGACUUCCCAAGGCAGGAUGGCCCCAGAGAUUUUUGGCCUACUUGAAUUUAUAAAAUUUUAGAGUUGUAAAUAGAAUGCUCAAAUGUAUUAUAAUAUUUAUUAAUUUAUUUAUGCAUACCUAUUAUAAAUCACAUAUAGAAUAAUAUAUUUGUUCGGGAAGUGCCCCUUUUCACUAUUCUCUUUCACGACAUCAUCUUACUCCAACUCCUGACUGUGUUUUGACCUCACUGUCUUCAGUACCAUACCUUGGACUCAUCACAGACUUUUCCUGUGCACCUGAGCUGUCACUCGUUCACACUGUGACAAUCCCACCUUGAGGUUCUCGUGAGAAAUUUCCUCCCAAGCCAUAAAAGGAUAUUCACACAACACUAGGACACUUCUUCUUUGGUCUCUUGAUUUUUCUUUGUUUUUUGUUUGUUAAUUUAUCCCAUAAAUCUACAACCUAACCACUUAAGGUGGUGCUUUUCUAAAUGAAAUGCACCAUGGCUCUCUUCAUGGCUCUUUUAAAGCAUCUAAAACGUGUCACAGUGAGGUUGUAUUCCCAGUACUAGUUAUCAAAUCUGGGCUACGUGUCUUUUGCAUCCUUUUUUCUUAAACCAAUCCAGCCUGGGGACCCUGUACAUACUCAAAACUAGCAUUGAUUAGGGUCGUUUCAGGAAAAUGGAUCUUGUCCUCAAACAGCACUGUUUUGUUCGAAAUAAAGUCGUCGAGAGAGCACCGCCUAGUGAGAGAAACAUCUCAAGGACUCAAGGGAGGUGAUGCCCCCCUGCCUGGGAACAGGAGCUUCUCCUCACACGAGGCCUACAUGGUACUUCGCCAGCCCUCCGUUUCUGGUUCUCCAAGUCAGGGGCAAUGGCAGUACCUACCUCUGAGGGCUGUCAGGAGGACCGCCAGUGUGCCUGCAGAGUGCUGGGCAUGCUGGCCAGGCACGGAGGCCCGCUCUCGGUGAAGGUCACCUGCUGUUGGCAUCUGUGACCCGUUAGUGCAGAACUGGGCACAAACCCUAGGCCUUCUGACCACCAGUCUCAUCCUCUCGUACGCUGUGACUCAACUCUUUCCAUUUUCUUGCAUGCAAACUGGACACUCAUCUCCCUUGACUAGUUAUCAAGUUACCUUUGGAUAUAUUGACUUUAUAAACAGCUGUUCUUUCUAUAUUGAUUGUGAGAGUCUCUUUUCCAAUUUUAUUCUUUGCUCUUUG